AUGAGCUUUUUCUUCACUCUGGUCCUCCUCCUCUUGGUCGUCGUCGUCCUCCUCUUUCUCCUCUUCCAGCUCCUACUGAGCCGCCACAACACAAUCCUCCUCAUCGACUUCGCCUGCCACAAAGCCACCGAAUCGUGCAGCCAAACUCACCAAGCCUACGUCGAACGCAGCAUAGUUCUCGGAACCUUCACCAAAGACAAUGUGGCCUUCCAAAAACGGAUUUUGGAGAGGUCCGGCGUCGGCCACUCCACUUACUUCCCGGAGGCGGUGGCGAGAAUACCGCCGGCCUUGUUCAUAGCGGAGGCCAGGAAGGAGGCGGAGAUGAUGAUAUUCGGUGCUGUGGAUCGACUGUUGGAGAAGACCGGAGUUGAUGUGAGGAAGGAGAUCGGUAUUUUGGUGGUUAACUGUAGCUUGUUCGGGCCGACGCCUUCUCUGUCGGCCAUGAUUGUGAACAAGUAUAAGAUGAGGGAGGAUGUGGCGAGCUUUAAUCUUAGUGGGAUGGGAUGCAGCGCUGGUGUUAUCUCCAUUGAUCUCGCUCGCCACCUUCUCAAGGUGAGGCCGAACAGCUACGCUCUCAUAGUCAGCACCGAAAACCUAACCCUCCAUGGCUACUACGGCAACAACCGUCCUAUGCUCGUCACCAACUGCCUCUUCCGUAUGGGCGCCGCCGCCGUCCUCCUCUCCAACCGCCGCUCCGAUCUCCACCGCGCCAAGUACUCUCUAUCCGACCUGAUCCGCACUCACAGAGGCUCCGACGACUCCUCCUAUCUCUGCGUCUCUCAGGAAGAAGACGAUCAGGGCAAAGUAGGCGUUUCCCUUUCCAAAGACCUAAUGUCCGUCGCCGGCGGCGCCCUGAAGGCCAACAUCACCGCCCUCGGCCCCCGCGUCCUCCCCUUGUCCGAACAACUCCGCUUCGCCUUUUCCCUAAUCUCAACCAAAUGCUUCGGCCCACACUCAUCAGUUUCGAAACCCUAUGUGCCGGAUUUCAAAAAAGCCUUCGAGCACUUCUGCAUCCACGCCGGAGGAAGGGCGAUAUUAGACGAACUGGAGAAAAGAUUGGAUCUUGGAAGCUGGCAGAUGGAGCCGUCGAGGAUGACUCUGUACAGAUUCGGCAACACUUCGAGCAGCUCGUUGUGGUAUGAAUUAGGGUAUUCGGAGGCGAAGAACAGGGUUAAGAAAGGGGAUAGGGUCUGGCAAAUCGGAUUUGGUUCUGGAUUUAAGUGCAACAGUGUGGUUUGGAAGGCGCUGAGAGAUAUAAAUCCAAAGGGGAGCUAUCCAUGGCUGGAGGAGAUUGAUAAGUUCCCUGUUGAUGUGCCCAAGGUUGAAACCAUUAACUGUACUAUCACCACAUAGAUUACUUCUUCUUUUCUUUUCUUUUCUUUUUUUUUAAAUUAGGGUUAGGGUUUAGUGAUUUAUCUUAAGAGGUUGUUUGGUGGGAGUAUGUUUUGCUGAUUAGAUUAAUGAAUUUUAAUUAUUGAAUUAAGUGCAAGGUUAGUUAGACCAGCUAUUGUACCAUGA